CUCACCAUUUGCUCUUUGGGCACCGGAGAAGAAAGCUACUGCGAACAAGGUCUUUGAUGAUUGGUGAUGAAGGUCAGAAUGAUGCUUCAUUUUCCUCUAAUCUUUUUGCUGAUGGCCUGUGGAGUUUUUGGAGAAGACUGGAAUGUGAUUUAUGAAAAUAAAUCAAUAUGUGCUCCUAAAGGAUCCACUGUAAACCUGACAUGCACCUACAAAUACCCUGAGAAGCUUACAUUGACAGAUACAUUUUGGAUAAUGUGUGAGAAACAGAACAAACCAGAAGAUAUCCAAAGUUUAAAAGAAUACUCUGAGUAUAAAGACAGGGUUGAAUACUUUGAAGACAAAGAGAAAAAAAAGGCUGUGCUCAGACUGCACAAUGUCACUGAAAAUGAUGAGAGAGCGUAUUGUUUCAGAUUAGUAACUAAUACUGAAGGACAAAAAUGGAUUGGUAAAGAAGGAGUUAAACUGGCUGUUUCGGCUCUUCAGGUAAAGGCACCACAGCUGGUGCUGGAGAAACAAACAGUCAAUCUGACCUGUGAAACCACAUGCAGUCUGACAGACGGAUUCAUCUGCUACAACAAUGGACAGACUUUAACCAUCCAGAGCGAAACUCUCCAGCUUCAGUCAGAGCGCAGUGAUUCUGGCCAUUACAGCUGCGCCGCCAGAGGACAUGAACAUCUGCCCUCUCCUGCUGUCAGCAUCACUGUUAUGUAUCACCCACAGAACGUCUCAGUGUCCAUCAGUCCAUCUGGUGUAAUAGUGGAGGGAGAUUCAGUGACUCUGAACUGCAGCAGUGAUUCAAACCCACCUGCAGAAAUCAGCUGGUUUAAGGAGAAUCAAAGCUCAGCUGUUGGAUCUGGACAGAGUUUCAGCAUCUCCAGCUUUAACGCCAGUCACAGUGGACGCUUCUAUUGUGAGGCUCAGAAUAAACAUGGAUCUCAGAGAUCAGCGUCUGUUUCAGUCACUGUUAAAGGUGUUUGGAAUAUUAUGUAUAUCAUUGGUGUAUGUGCCACUGUAAUUGCAGCUGGAUUUGGGCUAUUUUUUCUCAUCAUCAUUAUCAUUAUGUACAAAAGGAAGAAGAUAAAAAAUAAUGACUCUCAGGACACUGACAACCAUUUAAAUGGCUCUCAGGACAUUGAGCAAAAAAAGGUAAAUCAAAGUUAAAUACUUAAUAUUUCACUGGUCAUAUUUCACAGACAGUAGAGAUGUAUCUAUACAACAACAACAACAACCCCCCCCCCCCCCAAAAAAAAAGCAGAAGAAAAUGAUAUUUUUUGGGGAAUGUAUUCUCCAUCAAAGUAAAAAACU